AUGACUCUCUGUGGUGUGAGAAGCAUUAUUCAAAAGAGGUAUUCCAAGGCCACGGUUUUCUUUGCUGUGAUCAUUGUGAUCCUGGUGGGAAUUUUAAUUACUAAACCGAAAAAUUGGCUGGAACUUCGUCAAUCCCAAAAUGAUGAGGUGAAAGUCUCGCAACAGACAUUGAAAACCAUUGAUGCCUCAAAAAUCCCGGAAAAUGCGAUUUAUUUGAUGGAGACAUCAGGAUUGCCCAUGUUGAGUCCCAAACAGCUCUGUGCAGUUGAGUCUGCAGCUCUGCAUCACCCCAACAGAUCCGUGGUAAUGGCAGUGAAUAAUAAGUUCUUGCAGCUGCCCAUAGUUUUGAAAUCCUGGUCUGAAAUGUACCCAAAUGUCAUGUUCAUCAAUUUGGACAUUGUCCAAUGGCUGAAUGGGACCAUUCUUCUGCCAUGGCUUUCCAAAAAUUUACUUGACAAGAGUCCAUUCAAAACUCCCCAAGCCAGUAAUGCCCUGAGGUAUGCCACCCUGUUCAAGUAUGGUGGAUUUUACUUGGACACUGAUGUGAUUGUCUUGAGGCCAAUGGAUGACCUUGUGAAUGCUGUGGGUCUUUAUUCAACCACAGGGCUUAAUGGUGCUGCAAUGGCUUUUGAUAAGCACCAUCCCUUCAUGGAAGCCUGCAUGAAUGAGCUGUCUGCAAACUUUAAUCCCUACAAAUGGGGAUCCAAUGGACCGGAUUUAUUGACCAGGGUGAUCAACACCUACUGCAACUUCAAUGCAACAAAUUUACUGAAACCUGGUUAUUGCAAGGGCAUCAGAAUAUUGGAUAUCAUGAGAAGCAUUAUUCAAAACAGGUAUUCCAAGUCCACGGUUCUCUUUGCUCUGAUCAAUGUGAUCCUGGUCGGAAUGCUGAUUAGUAAACGGGAAAACAUGCUGGAAUUUCGUCAAACGAAGAAUAAUGAGGUGCAACAGACAUUGAAAACUAUUGAUCCCACGAAAAUCCCAGAAAAUGGGAUUUAUUUUCUGGAGACAUCAGGAUUGCCCAUGUUGAGUCCCAAACAGCUCUGUGCAGUUGAGUCUGCAGCUCUACAUCACCCCAACAGAUCCGUGGUAGUGGCAGUGAAAAAUAAGUUUUUGCAAUUGCCCUCAGUUGUCAAAUCCUGGUCUGAAAAGUACAAAAAUAUCAUGUUCACCACACUAGACAUUGUCCAAUGGCUAAAUGGAACCAUUCUUUUGCCAUGGCUUUCCAAAAACUUAUUUGACAAGAGUCCAUUCAAAACUACCCAAUCCAGUAAUGUCCUGAGGUAUGUCACCUUGUUCAAGUCUGGUGGAUUGUACUUGGACACUGAUGUGAUUGUCAUGAGGCCAAUGUAUGAUCUGAUGAAUGCUGUGGGUCUUCAAUCAACCAAUGUGAUUAAUAAUGCUGUAAUGGCAUUUGAGAAGCACCAUCCCUACAUAGAAGCCUGUUUGAAAGAGGUGUUUGCAAAUUUUAAUCCCUACAAAUGGGGAUCCAAUGGACCAAAUUUGUUGACAAGGGUGAUCAACACCUUCUGCAACUUCAAUGCAACAAAUUUACUGAAACCUGGUGAUUGCAAGGGCAUCCGAAUAUUGGACAUCAGUGCCUUUUAUCCAGUACCACAUACUUCAUGGCAAACGUUGUUCAACCAUGAUCAAAAUAUUUCUGCAACUGUUCUCAGAAAGGCUGAGCAGAGUUAUUUGCUGCAUUACUGGAAUAAAAUGUCUGUGGAUGAACCCAUUCAACUGCCCAUAGUUUUGAAAUCCUGGUCUGAAAGGUACCCAAAUGUUAUGUUCAUCCACUUGGACAUUGUCCAAUGGCUGAAUGGGACCAUUCUUUUGCCAUGGCUUUCCAAAAACUUAUUUGAUAAGAGUCCAUUUAAAACUGCCCAAUCCAGUAAUGUCCUGAGGCCCAUGGAUGAUCUGGUGAAUGCUGUGGGUCUUCAAUCCACCAAAGAGGUUAAUAAUGCUGUCAUGGCAUUUGAGAAGCACCAUCCCUACAUAGAAGCCUGUUUGAAAGAUGUGUCUGCAAAGUUUAAUCCCUACAAAUGGGGAUCCAAUGGACCAGGUUUGUUGACAAGAGUGAUCCACACCUUCUGCAACUUCAAUAAAACAAAUUCACUGAAAGCUGGUUAUUGUAAGGGCAUCAGAAUAUUGGACUCCAUGUAUAAAUUGCAGACAAUUAGUCACACCCCAGUGAAAACCUUGGAGAAGCUUUCCACUGGGGAGGACCUGGACCUUUUGAAUCCCUACAAAUGGGGAUCCAAUGGACCACAUUUGUUGACAAGGUGCGUAAAGGAUAGGUAG